AAAGUGGCUCCGCAUGGUGAGGCCGCGGCCGGCCAACGGAAGAGCAGGGGGCAAAUCAAGGCUGAGCGGCGGGCCAGAGCUCAGGCGGCCAAAGGUAACGCGAACAACCCCGCUAAGGUGGCCGAAGGCAACGCGAGCAGCGCCGUCAAACCGGCUGAAGGCAACGCGAACAACCCCGCUAAAGCGGCCAAAGGCAAUGCGAACAACCCCGCCAAAGCGGCGGAAGGUAACACGAGCAAUCCUGUCAAAGCGGCCAAGGGUAUCGCGAACACACCGAACACACCCGUCAGGGCAGUCAGUGCUAACGCGAGCCACCCUGCCAAGCCGGCCAAAGCUGGCGCGAACCAGCCCGCCAAAGCAUCCAAAUCGAAUACGGGCACGCCUGUCAAGGAUGCCAAAGCGAGCGUGAGCAAGAAGGCGUCGCCGACGGCCGGCGGCGACGGCUCCACGCAGGCGGGCGGCGGCGGUGGAGCGGCAGGUCAGGCUAGCCCGGUCGCCCGCCCUGCGCAGGCGCCGGCGCUGGCCGCCGGGGCGCCCGUCCAGACCGCAGCGGAGCCGCCCCACCAGGCCCAGCCUGCUGACGGUCAGCAGAAGAGCAGGGAGCAGGUCAAGGCCGAGCGGAAGGCCAAGGCUGAGGCGGCCAAGCUGGCCAAGGCGGCCAAGGCCAACGCCAACAAGUCGGCCAACGCCAACGCGAACGAGCUCGGGAAAAGCAGCACCAGCAAGGCCGCUGGAGCUGGCGCGAGCAAGAGUGAGGCCUCGCUGCCGGCGGCGGCGUGCGGCGGUGGUGCGGCCGGUCAGGCGACCGCGAGCCGGCCGGCCACCGCACCAUCGGCGCGACCGCCACUUCAGUCGCCGCCCGGACCCAAGGCGGAGGUGCAGUCUGCUCCCCAGACCGUGCAGCAGGCGGCGGCCCCUGGCCCGGCCGUGGCCGAGCGCGGCGGUCAGCCGAGGCCGGUCCCGAACGCGGCCCCGGCGCCGGACCAGCCGCCAACCAAGUCCAAGGCCGAGCUGAAGGCUGAGAGGCGGGCGCUGCAGGAGGCGCAGCGGGCGGCCAAGGCAGCGGCGGCGGCGGCGGCGGCAGCUGCGGGCCCGGCCGCCGCCAAAGGAGGCAGCCAGCCGAAGCUGGCCCAGAAGGUGGCCGGGCCGGCUCAGCAGCCGGCGCCGGUGGCGCGCCCGGAUCAGGACACCGCCCAGCCGGACAAGAAAAACUCGAAGAAGGCGCCGGCCGCCGCCAAGCACCACAUCCACAUGUUCUCGCACCUGCCGCAGUUCGACGCCGGCGCCGUGGACGCGCUGACGCUGAAGCACGGCGUGCACCCGGCCGUGCUGCGCCUGGGCCUGCGGCUGGCGGCCGGCCGCAUCACCGGCGCCAACGCCGGCGCCGUGGCGCUGCUGGCCGCGCUCGCCGCUCUCGUGGAGGACUACAAGACGCCGGCGCAGCGCGAACUCCGCCGCGACCUGCCUGACCAGGUGCGCCGAGCCGUGGGUCACGUGGCCGCGUGCCAGCCGCUCUCGGUCGCCAUGGAGAACGCGGCGGCGCGGCUGGACCACGCCAUCCGCACAGAGGUGGCCGACGGGACCAGCGACAACGAGGCUAAGAAGCACCUGUCGGAGUGGAUCGAGUUCUUCAUCAGAGACAACAUCUGUAAGGCGGUGACGGCGAUCACGCACUACGCCCUGGAGAGGAUCAAGGACGGCGACACGAUCCUGACGUACGGCAAGUCGGCGGCGGUGCUGGACGUGCUGCGCGAAGCGCACAUGAAAGGCCUCCGCUUCCACGUGGUGGUGGUGGACUCGCGGCCGCAUCUCGAGGGCCGUGGUAUGCUGCGGAUGCUGUUGGACGCCGGCGUCACCUGCUCGUACGGCAUGAUCAGCGCCAUCAGCCACCACAUGAAGCAGGCGACCAAGGUGCUACUGGGCGCGCACGCGCUCCUCUCCAACGGCAUGGUGCUGUCGCGCGCCGGCUCGGCCAUGGUGAGCCUGGCUGGCCACGCCCUUAACCGGCCCGUGCUCGUCUGCUGCGAGAAGUACAAGUUCUCGGAGCGCGUGCAGACCGACUCGCAGGUGUACAACCGGCUGGGCGACCCGGAUGCGCUGGUGCCGGCGGCCGACUCGCCGCUGGCCGACUGGCGGCGCUGCGAGGCGCUGACGCUGCUCAACCUGGCCUACGACGUCACGCCGCCCGAGCUGGUGGAUGUGGUCAUAACCGAGCUGGGCGCUAUUCCGUGCACGUCGGCGCCGGCCGUGCUGCGCCUGCAGCAGCACGCCGGGUACUGAUGCGGCGCAUGCGGUGGCUGGCACGCCGGCAGUGCUGCGUCUGCAGCAACACACCGGAUGCUGAGGCGGCGCACGCGGUGGCUGGCACGCCGGCCGUGCUGCGUCUGCAGCAGCACGCC